GGCUUAUGUCAUCAGUAAGCGCCAGCCAGAACAGGACUGGGAGUCAGUUAAGACGUGGUAAUGCCUGCUGAUAUCAUGGCACCCAAAGACAUCAUGACAAACUCCCAUGCUAAAUCAAUCUUAAACACUAUGAACUCUUUGCGCAAGAGCCAGACGUUGUGUGAUGUGACCCUUCGUGUAAAUAUGAAGGAUUUUCCUGCUCAUCGUAUUGUUCUUGCUGCUUGCAGUGACUAUUUUUGUGCUAUGUUUACCAGUGAGCUAUCUGAGAAAGGAAAACCAUAUAUUGAUAUCCAGGGACUGACUUCAUCCACCAUGGAAAUCCUACUUGAUUUUGUGUACACAGAGACUGUUCAUGUAACAGUGGAGAAUGUGCAAGAGCUUUUGCCAGCUGCAUGUUUACUUCAGCUUAAAGGUGUGAAACAGGCAUGCUGUGACUUUCUAGAAUCUCAGCUUGACCCUUCCAAUUGCUUAGGAAUUCGUGACUUUGCAGAGACUCAUAAUUGCUUAGACUUGAUGCAGGCGGCUGAAGUUUACAGUCAGAAACACUUUCCAGAAGUAGUGCAACAUGAGGAGUUUAUGCUGUUGCAGCAGGAGGAGGUGGAGAAACUGAUUCGAUGUGAUGAGAUUCAGGUAGAUUCAGAAGAGCCAGUUUUUGAGGCCGUUAUAAAUUGGGUGAAGCACAACAAACAGCACAGGGAGAAAUCACUUUCACAGCUUCUUCAGUAUGUGCGCAUGCCUCUGCUAACGCCACGCUAUAUCACAGAUGUCAUAGAUACAGAGCCCCUGAUCAAAUGUAGUCUGCAGUGCAGAGACUUAGUAGAUGAAGCCAAGAAAUUUCAUCUCCGACCAGAGUUAAGGAGUCAGAUGCAGGGUCCUAGAACUCGCAUGCGUUUGGGUGCUAAUGAGGUUCUUCUUGUCAUUGGUGGGUUUGGUAGCCAGCAAUCUCCAAUUGAUGUGGUGGAGAAAUAUGAUCCCAAAACCCAAGAAUGGAGUUUCCUUCCAAGUAUCACCCGUAAGCGGCGAUAUGUUGCCACAGUUUCUCUUGGGGACCGUGUCUAUGUAAUAGGAGGUUAUGAUGGGCGCUCCCGACUUAGUUCUGUAGAGUGUCUGGAUUACACUUCUGAAGAAGAUGGUGUUUGGUACUCUGUGGCUCCAAUGAAUGUAAGAAGAGGGCUGGCAGGAGCAACCACUUUAGGAGACAUGAUAUAUGUCUCAGGUGGAUUUGAUGGAAGCCGCCGACACACAAGUAUGGAGCGCUAUGACCCUAAUAUUGACCAAUGGAGUAUGUUGGGUGACAUGCAAACAGCACGGGAAGGUGCAGGACUUGUUGUGGCCAAUGGAGUAAUUUAUUGCCUUGGUGGUUAUGAUGGCUUAAACAUUUUGAGCUCAGUAGAACGAUAUGACCCACAUACGGGUCACUGGAGCCAUGUGACUCCUAUGGCAACCAAGCGCUCAGGUGCUGGUGUGGCCCUGCUAAAUGAUCACAUAUAUGUGGUGGGAGGCUUUGAUGGCACAUCUCAUCUAUCUUCUGUGGAAGCCUAUAAUAUUCGUACUGACUCUUGGACGACGAUGACUAGCAUGACCACUCCGCGCUGUUAUGUUGGGGCUACAGUACUACGUGGGAGAUUGUAUGCCGUUGCAGGGUAUGAUGGUAAUUCUCUGCUGAACAGUGUUGAAUGCUAUGACCCUGUUAUUGACAGUUGGGAUGUAGCUACAUCUAUGGCCACCCAGCGGUGUGAUGCUGGAGUCUGCGUCCUUCGGGAGAAGUGAGAGCAACAACUGUGAAGUUGGGCUUGCUUGACUCGGAACUGUGCUGCUGCUGCCUGCAUUCUACAGGAAAAUGUGAAAACUACUCUUCGAUGUUAGCGUAACGAUACGGAUAUGCCUUUCCACUGCCAAGCCUUACAGAAACUUUCACUAGCACCAGAUGCUAUACAUUCUGAAGGAGAUGCCUUGCCAAUGUGCCACAACAACCGCGUGAGCUUUAAUCUGCAGUCAUAAGGAUGUCCGGUGGGCUUUCAGUGGUUUUGGGUGCCAAGAGCGUUGCAAAGUGGCUUAAACAGUCCAGUAUACAAACUCCAAGUGCUGGCACCAUCUUAAAUGACAUUAUUCUGUGAAAAUUACAGACCCUUUGGUGGGUGAUCGAAGCUGUGUAUAAAUCUGCCACUAAAUGCCAAAUGACUUCAGCACAACGUUACUUUUGGAAAGGAGUGAUACAUUUCAGGA